CCAUUAUAAUUCACUGAUAAUUCACCCUGUAUAUUUGUGUAAUGUAAAAUUUUGUAGAACUUUUCCCCACGAACUUUUGCACCUUUCACUUUCGCUUUUUUUCUCUCAAAUGUUGAAUUACAUAUUCAUUUUGUUUUCGGUUUCGAAUUUAUGUAUUAAUUGAAGGAGUGUUUGUUCGUUAAAGCUGGUUGGCAAAGGAAACUGUGGGAAACUGAGCACGAAAACACGCGACAACGUGACAUCAGUAUUGUCAGUAAGAUUAAUUAAUAAGAAAGGAUAGUAUCAAAAUGACACAGUCCACGCAAAUGAUGGAGGAGCUUGACGAUUGUUGCAUGAGAACGGCGGGAAACAUUAUAAAGUAUUACGACAACGAGGAAGAGAGGCAGAAGAUGUUGAAGGAUUUAAGAGAAUGUUUGAAGGCAAAUUGUGCGAUUUCUGCGAGAACAAAGGCUGCGAAUACGAUCAGGCAGCAGAUGGAAUGCUUGUUCGAACCAGAAGGAGAUAUAACAAACAUCACAAAAGAAUAUAAAAAGGCUAUAGACGAAAUCCAAGUUGAUCCGUUGCAAGACCCUAGACUGUUGGAGUAUGAUCGUCAGAUUGAAAGCUUGCUUCGAGCCAAUAAAUCUGUAUCAAGUCAAGGAGUGGAUGAUACAGAUGCUGAUUUAAGGCUAACAGACAGUCAAGUAAAUGUGAUCGACCCAAUCACGAAGACGAGAAUGACCAAUCCUGUGAGAAAUGCAGUCUGCGGCCACACAUACGAUAAGGAGAGUCUUGUCGCAAUGCUACGAAAAAACAAAAACACCAGAUGUCCUGUGGUGGGUUGCACCAGCCUGGACUACAUAAACUUAAGUCAAUGUCGUCCUGACAUUGCAAUGAAAAUGUAUUUGGAACAAAACCCUGCUUAGAUUCAAGAGUUAUGAAUAACAAAAAUCGAUGACUGCACAUGUGUGUUAAAUUCAUCGAAUGUACAUAUCACGUACAUAUUCAUAUUUUAGAGCGAGAAAGAUAUUAUUUUUGUUACAUCGUAUAAGAAUCGUAUAAGUUGUACGUCAAAUAAUUACAAAAAAGAUAUAUUUUAUAAGAUAUAGUAUUAUUACGGAAGCAAUAAAAUAUUUUUAAUUAUACAUCAAUAA